CCCUUGUGCUCUCCAUGCAACACUUAGAUCUCUUAAGAAACAUCUGCAAUGCGCUGACCAUCACCGAUAAACAAUCAUUUAGGGCGGUACUCACAUUCAGACAAACUCCUCCUCGUUCACUGAUAUAAAAGCAGGAGGCGAACAGAUCAGUAGGAACAGCUGCAGCACAGCAAUGGAGAAUCCACAAAGAAGCACAGAUGAUGGGCAGAAAAGAUCAUUUACACCAAAGUUUUCUCAAGUUUUCUUCAACACUGGUGGACAUUUUCGCUACAAAAUGUUUGGACAAGGUGGAGAUGGAUGCAACCGACUGGUUUUACUCUGCUUGGGUCUUCUCAAUGUUGUUCUGCUGAUAUUUGCGGUUGUUAUUGGGAUUAACUGUGCCAAAGUCACUGAGGGUUCCCUCCAGGCUUCACACUCAGCUGCAACACAGCUCAUCAAUGAUCUCAACUAUCUCCGCAGCAACUACAGCGAUGUGAUCAAAGCCGAAGAGGAGGCCAAGAACGCGUUAGAGAGAGCGCUCAAAAACCAUGCACAAAUAAAGGUGCAAAUUGAGAAGCAGAAGACCAUCAAUGACAAUUAUCACAGACAGUUUGAGGCACUGCGAACAGAGCAGAUAAGUCUGCAGUCCAACAUAUCGGCUUUGGAGGGAAGCUGUGGUAUAUGCCCCUCCGGAUGGACUCAUUUCAACUCAUCCUGCUAUUUCUUUUCUUCCACUGAGUCCUCUACUACUAAAAAGAACUGGUACGAUAGCAGAGCAGACUGUAUCAGACGUGGAGCCGACCUGGUUGUGAUCGAUAACCAGGAGGAGCAGAAAUUUGUGAGUCUCACCAUUGAACAUAUGGAAGACGGCUAUGUGUGGAAGGGAUACUGGAUUGGUCUCACUGACGCAGAGAUAGAGGGGCAAUGGGUCUGGAUUAAUAAUGUCACCGAGGUGGAACAAAAGUACUGGAUUGAUGGAGAACCAAACGACCAGGGACACGGGGGAGAAGACUGUGGUAUUACAGUUUAUAGCUCCGAUAAUCCCUGGAAGACCCGUUUUGAUGCCGGUUGCUACCGGCACAAAAAGUAUUGGAUAUGUGAAAUGUAGGGUUGUAACAGUAUGAGAAUCUUACGGUACGAUAACCGUCUGUUAUGGAAAUUGUGGUAUUAAAGGUUCACGUGCAUGUAAUUUGUAUGAAAUGUAAUAUGAAAUGUAACCUUUUGAAAUAUAUUCAUAACACUGCUGAGCAUGAGAAAAGCAGGAAUUAUAUGACCCUGGGUUAUCAGUUGACUUGUGUGUUAGAUUUCACCACUGUGUUAGUUUUCCUUUUGAUUAGAUCCCCUGCUGUGGAGGAUGUUGACACCUGGCACAGAGAGGUCUUUUAUGGUUGUCUGUACUACUUUAUAAGGCUGUAUGUAACUCAUUGCAGGGCACUCAUUCACCUGGAGUGACGCCAUGCGUGCACACAUUAAAGAUCUUUAGGAGAAUUGAUAUAUAAAUACUGUGUUUGUGCA